AUGCGGGAAGAUGUAGACUCGUUCGUGCGGACUUGCCUUGUAUGCCAACAAGACAAGACAUUGCAGAAGCAACCAGGUAGGUUGCCAGAGCCACUUCCUGUUUCAACCAGAUCAUGGGAAAGUUUGUCCAUAGACUUCAUCGUGAGUUUACCCAAGUCAGAAAGGUGUGGCUCAAUUUUGGUGUUGGUCGACAAGUUCACCAAGUAUGCUACAUUCAUCCCCACACCGGCAGAUUGCAACGCGGAUAAAGCUGCACGUUUAUUUCUAAAGCAUGUGGUGAAGUAUUGGGGGAUCCCCAAGAGUAUUAUCAGUGACCGUGACACUCGCUUCACUGAUGGUCAGACGGAACGGGUGAAUGCAUUGUUGGAGUUAUACUUAAGGCAUUAUGUGAGUGCUAAUCAACGAGAUUGGACAAAGUUGUUGGAUGUUGAUCAGUUAUCAUACAACUUGCAGUGGUCGGAGUCGACAGGGUCAAGUCCUUUUGAGUUGGCAACGGAACAACAACCUAUGACAAGGAACACAAUUGUGUCAGGCAACACAGGGAGUAGCCCAACUGCAUACAAGACGGCCAAGGACUGGCAAGGGAUUCAUCUGGUGUUCCAUGUGAGCAAUUUCAAGCCUUACUAUGCCAACCCCGAGGAGCCAAAUCGUGGAGAGUCUCAACAAGCUCCACCUUUAAAGGUAACUUCAUUUGACAGGGAGGUCGAGUGUAUCAUGGCUUUGUCAACUAGAAAGGCAUACCAAAGUUCGAAGGUAAUUGAGAGAAAAAAGAGUCCUUGUGGUAGUACAAGGACAUCAUCGAAGCAUUCGAACAAGAAGGAACUACCUCGGCGACGUGGACAUCACCGGAUUAGGUGA